CCCCCGCCGUCGUCCAUGGCGCUGCAGUACGUGGAGGCGCAGCGGCAGGCGCGGCCGGACCUCGCCGACUGGUACGCCGACCUCGCCGACCUCUACCAGCGCAAGCUCUGGCACCAGCUCACCCUCAAGCUGGACCAGUUCCUCCAGAUCCCGCUCGCACAGACGGGCGACACGCUCAUACAGCUCUACACCAACUUCAUCGCCGACUUCGAGACCAAGAUCAACCUGCUCAAGCUCGCGCAGUUCGCCGUGGUGGCCUCGCGCCAGUACGCCGACAAGGGGGCCGCCGUCGCCUUCCUCGAGGGGGUGAUCGCCAAGCUCCGCGAGACGAGGGAGCUGCGCAUCGACGAGCCCAUCCUCCACGUCAAGAUGCAGAUCGCCGCCAUCCACCUCGACAAGGGCAGCCACAAGGAGUGCAAGAACCUCCUCGAGGAAGGCAAGGCCACCCUCGACGGCAUGACCGAUGUCGACCCCACCGUCCACGCCAGCUUCUACUGGAUCUCCUCGCAGUACCACAAGUCGCUCCAGGAGUUUGCAGAGUUCUACAAGAAUGCGCUCCUCUUCCUAGCCUACACCACUGUUGGCACCCUCUCGGAGCCGUUCAAACUGGACUUGGCAUUCGAUCUCUCUCUUGCAGCAUUGCUGGGGGACAACAUCUACAACUUUGGGGAGUUGUUAGCUCAUCCUAUUAUCAAUAGUCUUACUGGGACCAAGGUGGAGUGGGUGUAUCACAUGUUGGAAGCAUUUAACACAGGCAACCUAGUUCUUUAUCAGGAGCUUUGCAGAGUCCACAAUGCUGCUCUUAGUGCACAGCCUGCAUUGGUGCAGAAUGAACAAAAGUUGCUUGAGAAGAUCAAUAUUCUGUGUCUGAUGGAGAUAAUCUUUAGCCGGCCAUCAGAAGAUAGAACUAUCCCAUUAACUGUUAUUGCUGAGCAGACCAAGCUUUCAAUCAGUGAAGUGGAGUGUCUCCUUAUGAAGAGCCUCUCGGUUCAUCUUAUUGAAGGAAUAAUCGAUGAAGUUGAGAGCACCGUUCACGUCUCAUGGGUACAACCCAGAGUACUUGGAAUCACACAGGUGAAGGCAUUGCGUGAGCGCCUCGACUCAUGGAUCGGGAAAGUGCACACCACGCUGUUGUCAGUUGAGGCUGAAACCCCAGAUCUCGUUGCGGCAUAACUUGGCAAAAAGCUUUUGCAAUACGUUUUGUCGCUUUGGUUGUCAAGCAAGCAGCGGUGUAAAAGGAGAGAUGUUCUGGCUGUGAUCACUAUUGAGAACCUGGCUUGCCUUGGGCAUCCUAUUGAUCUAGACUUGUGAACUCUUCAUUAUCCUCCCAAGUCUUUACGUUGCAGGUUUCAAUGUUGACAAAGUAUCACGGAUUGAAAAUGUCAUACUGGUAGAGAGUGUCCCUGUAGUUUUUUCAGUCGAAUUUUACAAUGUAAUCAAGCGGAUUGUGUUUAUUUAUCUUUCUCUUGUGUUACGUUAGACAUGAAUGCAGGAAAAUCUUUGAUUUUCGUGUUCUUUGAA